AUGGAUUCCAUGAUCUCCUUCACACCAUCCAACAUGGACGUUUACUCGACUAUCAAGUUUGUCAAACGUGAUGAAAGCAAUGAGAAUGAGAAAUUGUUCCAGCUCAUGUAUUUGGACUACGACGGGAACGACCAAUCCAAUACCCCUUUCACUAGUGCUAAGACUCUAGUCCAUGACAUCCGGCCGAUGAAGUCAUCCCUCUCGUUCGACAAAGAGGGAUUCGUUGUUCUUGAUCUUGACUGCCAGAUGCAACCUGAAGAUUUUUAUGACCGGAACAAGGUUAAAACUAUCUUUGGGCCUCAACUUCGGGAUGCACUGAAAAAGUUGACAGGAGCCCGAUGCGUCUACUUUCAUGAGACCGUGGUAUGUUCAAGCCAUAUUCCAGACAAGGACUCGCAAUUUACAAAGGGGGACCAGAUUAGAGAGCGAGGGUCUGCAUUUAAUUCUUCAGACGAUGGUCUGAUGAUGAAAGCCAACAAUUCCCAGUACGAACAGCCUGUCCAAGUCGCUCAUGUUGAUUACACUGCCGACCAGCUGCGAUAUAUUGUCCAGGAGCUCACUGGCGAAGAAUUAAAUGAUGAUAUCCAUCUCCAAGCUUUCAACGUGUGGAAACCACUUCGGGGGCCUUUAAAAGACUGGCCUCUUGCCUGUUGUGAUGCAAGCACCGCCGAAUUGGAGACAGAUUUCCACAAGAUGGAUUCGGUUUUUGCCGAUGGAUUCAUUGAAGGCUAUAUCAUGGGGUAUAGCGCGAAUCAAAAAUGGUGCUAUUUAUCAGACCAAAGUCCUAACGAACUACUCGUCUUCAACAUUGCAGACUCGCAUAAUACUUUCCGCCCAGUUCCUCAUUGUGCAUUUUUCAAUCCCGACUGCCCCGAAGAUGAGGAAAGAAGACAGAGUAUUGAGUUCCGAUGUAUCGCGAUCUAUUAG